AUGGGCCUGAUGACAUCGCAUUUCGUUGCAUGGAAAGGAUACGCUUUACCGUUGAUUGGAAUGAUAACUGGGACUGAACCAUAUGCAAGAAUGGGAUUCCCGCUGGCUGAAAGAAGUCCUGAAUCCACUGCUGGAAGACUCUUUUCUUCUGGAAGAACUGGAAUUAACGUCAACGGUGAUCCUGAAUCAACCAUGAAUUUUCCUGCUACGAAAGGUCUUGAACCUGAUGUUCCUUUAAAUGCUAAACAAGUCUGA